ACACUGCAGCUGCAGGUGCGCGCCUUGCGCAAGUACAAGACCAACUACGAGCUGCUGUGCGGCCAGCUGGGCGAGCUCAACGCGCAGAUCGGCCUGCAGCUGCAGCGCCACGAGGCGGACGUGGCCGCUCUCCAGGCCUCGAUCGCCGACCUGCAGACCGACAAGAUCGCGCUCGAAGCGCAGGUGGCGGAGGCUCAGCAGGCACUGGAGGCGCAACGCGACGCGGCGACGCAGGACCGAGAGUACUCGGAGCACGUGCACCGACAGCUCGGCACAGCGGCGGAGCUGCUCAAGGCCACGGAGAAUCGACUCGAGCAGCAAGAAGAGAGCUGUGCAGAGGAGAUCGAGCGGCUGAGAGCGCAACUCGCUGAAGCUGAUGACCAGCGGGCAGAGUCUCAAGAGUCAGUGAGGCGGUUAGAGAGCGAGAUUGAGUCACUUCGAGCACAUGAAGCUGAUGCAAAAGAGCAGGAGAAGAGCAAGCACAAGAAGGAGCUCAUGGCUCGUGCAGCGAAACUUCGAGCGCUGAGUGAAGAGUUAGAGGGGCAACGUUCAGCUGUGCGGGCCAGCAAGAAGCAGCUCGCGCAGGUUCAGGCAGACAACGACGCACUGCGCAAACAACUCGCCAACGUGAAACGCGACGGCGCUCACCUCACGGAUAUCAUCGACAGCCAGCGUGUUGAGCAUGAAACGCACGCAGAUGAACUCGUUCAGGUCAAGAAAGUCAAGAAGCAGCUUGCCAAGCGCGUGACGGUAUUGACUCGGGAGGUGGACCACCUCCAGAGCGAGCUGGCUGACACUCGAGAAGAACUCGUGCAGCGGAAUGAUGAGAUCGAAAGCUGUCGAGUUGAGCUGAAAGGACUGCGGACUGAAGGUGAGAAUGAGCGGCUGACUAAGGUGAAGAAGGCUCAGGAGCAGGAGCAGCGAGCGAAUCAAGAACGUCGGUAUCGCAUCGAGUUGAGUCGCAUGCGCGAGCUUCUGACUGACAACCAAGUACGUGCUAGUGAGUCAUCUAAGGACGUCCAGAAGCUGAGACGAGAGCUGCUGAGCGUUCAAAAGCUGCUGCAUGGCUGCGCAGACGAUCAAAAUUCGACAGCAAAACCGAUAGAUCCGUGGGCUGAGCUCAUGCAAAACAGC